GCAUAUGCGCGACCCUGGUCGACCUCGAAGAUCGCUACUCGACUAGACUCGACUAGACUCGGUACAGAGCUCAGAAUAGGCUAUGAAUGAUCAGUAACAAUGGCUGAGAAGAAAGAAGAGGAUAACUCAUUGACUGAUGCCAUCUUAACCAAGUAUGGAAACAUGGAAUCAGGUCUUCAUGACAUGGGAAAAGUUCAAGUCUAUUUCAGUGCUCCAGCCAAGAAAAUACAAUCAUCAAAAGAUGACACGAUGGAUCUCAAACUUCCCAGAAUCUUGGUCCUGAAUCGAUACAAGAUCAGAAAUGCUGGAAAUGAAGAAAGAUUAGCUGAGCUCUGUAAAUGUGUUACAGAGCUGGACUUGGCUGAGAAUGCUUUAGAUAACUGGAAAGAGAUCCUGAAAAUUGCCGGUCAGCUUCCAAGCUUAGAAUUCUUCAACCUCAGCUCAAAUCCAUUACACCUAGCCACACCCUUAGCAACACCCUUAGCAACCACCAGUAGUCUUGUCAACAUGGAGAAUAUACAGAGAUUGGUGUUAAACAAUACCAAACUACACUGGGAGUCCAUACACAGUCUGCUUACAGUCAUGCAAAGGUUGAAGGAGCUUCAUCUCAGUCUGAAUGAGUUUAGCAGUGUUUCAUCAGGCGACUGCACUCAUACCAAUCUCAAGCUACUUCAAUUCAAUAAUAAUCAAGUGAAGGAGUGGGAAGAUGUGAAGAAGCUUGGUGCAAUGUUCCCUGGCCUAGAAACACUCAUACUCAUGGCGAACCCUAUCACGAGACUAGGAGCUCGUCCUGGAGAGGCGUUCCCUAAUCUGAAGGUGGUGUGUCUGAGCGAGACAUUGGUAGAGUCAUGGGAUGAACUAGACAAGUUGAAUGAAUUCCCAUCUCUGAAAGAAGCCCUGGUGAAAGGAAUUCCCUUGCUAUGUGUAACAGGGAAGGGGGAUAAAGCAGAGAAGCAGAUCAGACAGCUGGCUGUUGCUAGGUUAGGCAAGCUGGAGAGUCUCAAUAGAAGUGUUAUUACAGAGCCAGAGAGGGAGCAAGCAGAGAGACUGUUUAUUAGACAGUUCAGACAUAGUGAUGUCAGACCUACUAGGUAUGAUGAGCUGAUUGCUAAACAUGGACACAUUCAAGAGCUUGCCAAGGUCGAUUUAACUCCACGAACUACAUUCAACUGUAAGAUCACUUAUGAUGAUACAUCCUAUGACAUCAUCGUCAAUGUGAAGGAUAAUGUUAAGCAGCUCAACAAGCAAAUCAGAGCCAUCGUCGGUCUACCAACAAACAAAUUCCGCACAUAUUUUAUUUCUACCGAUCCAACACACUUGAAUAAUAACGAGUGGCUUCGCUACCCAAAUCGUUUCUUGCAUAAUUACAAGAUUGGUGAUGGUGAUACUUUUGAUAUUGGCCCUGCAUAGAGAAACUUUUUAAUUGAAGAUCUGGAUACUGGCUACUACUAGAAGCUGUCACAGGUUAAAUUUAUAGCAUGAGUUAUUUUGUCAAGUUCAAGGCUCUGUAACACAAAGCUUAGGAAUUGAUCGUACAAUUGAUUUCUCGAUUGAUUUUUGCGAUUGAUUUUUGCGAUUGGUCGCACAUAGUGAUCAAUUGCUAAGCUUUGUGUUAUGGAGCCUUGAAAUCUAGAGCUAGAUAGCUAUGAAUUUAACUUUUCAUUUGUAUGUUUACGGUACAUGAGUUGUUCAUUGUUGUGCUUACAGAGGGGUAAUUUCAGCUGAUAUUGGAGUACUCAUCGCAUUGAUUACUGAAUUUUCUCUUUUUCCUCGGCCUAAUAAAGGGAUCAUCCAAUUGAUGUACGUGAUGGUUGGGUUCAUUUAGGAAUGUCUCCUAAUAAAGUGACAGAUUCCUUGAAGAGAUGGGUCAUGAGAAAGGUCUUAUUCCAAGCAUAUGGUAUCAGAGCAAGCUUGUAUGCAAGAGAAUUAACAUCUCGACUAUGAAGCAUUAUGAAGCACGAUAGAGAGUAAGCUUGGGGUUACUAUCACAAAUGCCUUGUUGUUGUUUCUGUCUCAGCUUGUGAUUUUAUGACCAUUGGACCAUAAUACCCUGUUACCCUUGACUGCCAUACAUUUAAAUCAAAAUCUUUUUUUCAGCUAAUGGUGCUACCAAGAUAGAAUGAGCUGAGAAGAGAAGAAAUAAUUAUUUCAGAUGUAUGAAUUUUAAACAUGUUUUGAAACUUUUGAAACGAUAUAUCUGUCCAUUUGAUGUGCAAUAAUUGACUUGCAUUUAUGAAAAUUAAUAUAUAUUAAAUUGUGUAUAAGCUCA